AUGCGGGUCCCUCUCCGCUCCGUGCCCGCGCUGGCGCUCUGCGCCCUAGCCCUGCUCCGCCUGGGCUGCGCUCCGACCCGGGCACUCACCUGGGCACCGACCGGAGCUCCCACCCGGGCACUCACCUGGGCACCGACCGGAGCUCCCACCCGUGCCCCGGCCCUCUUUCCGCCGCGCUGUCCCCCGCUGAUGCUGCAGCUGCUCCGCGCCCCUCCCGCCCCGCUCCGCGCCGCCGCCGCCGCCGCUCUCAGCCUCUCCCCGCACGGCUCGUUGCAGAACGGCUCCCGCUGGGCGCUCUCCUUCGACAUGUCCUCUCUCUCCAGCAGCCAGGAGGUGAGUCUGGCUCAGCUCCGUGUCCGCCUGCCCGGCCCCUCCCGUGCCCACAACGUGUCCCUGGACAUCUAUCACAGCCAGCGGCGCAGGUGCCGGGGAGAUGGGACCUGCGCCCACCAGCUCUUCCUUGGCACCGUGGCUGGCAGCCCCUCUGCCACUCAGGCCUCCUGGAAAGUCUUUGAGGUCACCAACCUGCUACGGUCCUGGCUUCACCAAGCCGUGGUCCCCGGGCACCCCAGUGCCACGGGAAGGGGGCAGUGGGAGGUGAGCGGGUCGGCUGCUCUGGCCACCACUGCCCUGAGAGACACCGGCCACGGGGACCCAGUCCUGCCCCAGGACGCGGCAGACAGAGUCCUGCUGCUCGUCUUCUCCAAGGACAAGUCUCCAGGAGACCACAGCCUCAUCAGGACAGCGGAGACCUCCAAGUACAUCAUGCGGGACAGCGGGUCGCAGGGCGCGGGGACGCGCCGGCACCGCAGGAACAGGAUGGAGAAGCAAAGGAUCAAAGCGAGCAACGCCGCAGGGGCCGUGCCGAGGGAGCAGGGCAGGGCGCUGUGCAGGAGGGUGGACAUGGUGGUGGAUUUCGAGCAGACGGGCUGGGGCAGCUGGAUCGUCUACCCCAAGAAGUACAACGCGUACCGCUGCGAAGGGCUGUGCCCCUCGCCCGUGGACGAGACCUUCAAGCCCACCAACCACGCCUACAUACAGAGUUUGCUGCAGCUCUACAAGCCCAACCUGGUGCCGUGUCCCGCCUGCUCCCCAGUCAAGAUGAGUCCUCUCUCCAUGCUCUACUACGAGAAGGGUGAGAUCGUCAUCCGACACCACGAGGACAUGAUCAUCGAGGAGUGUGGCUGCAACUGA